AUGUCUGCAAAAGCCAUUUCGGAGCAGACGGGAAAGGAGUUCCUUUACAAAUACAUCUGCCCCACAGCACCAGUACAGAACCGUUUCCGCUAUGCCACUGUCACACCUGAGACUGACUGGAACCGCCUCACACAGGAGCACCCAUGGCUGCUAACAGAGCGGCUGGUUGUAAAGCCAGACCAGCUCAUCAAACGACGUGGGAAGCUGCAGCUUGUGGGCAUAAACCUCGAUCUGCAGGGUGUCCAAGAUUGGAUAAAAGCCCGCAUGAUGACUGAGAUCACUGUGGGGAAAUCAAAAGGUGUGCUGAAGAACUUCCUCAUUGAGCCGUUUGUCCCACACAAGCAGGAGGAGGAGUUUUAUGUGUGCAUCUAUGCCGCUCGUGAGGGCGACUAUGUUCUUUUCCACCACGAGGGAGGAGUGGAGGUGGGUGAUGUCGACACCAAAGCCCAAAAGCUUCUGGUUGCAGUGGAUGACGAGCUCAGUGAGGAUCAAGUCUCAGAGCAGCUCCUCAAACAUGUUACUAAUGAUGAGAAAAAAGUACUGGCAAGUUUUAUACUUCACCUCUUCAGCUUGUACAAGGAUCUCUUCUUUACUUACCUGGAGAUCAACCCUCUAGUUGUUACACAAGAUGAAGUGUACAUCCUUGAUAUGGCAGCUAAAAUUGAUGCCACAGCAGAUUAUAUUUGCAGUGCCAAAUGGGGUGACGUGGUCUUUCCUCCACCUUUUGGCAGAGAAGCCUAUCCUGAGGAGGCCUACAUAGCAGACUUGGAUGCUAAGAGUGGUGCAAGCUUGAAACUGACUCUGCUGAACCCUCGUGGCAGGAUCUGGACCAUGGUGGCCGGUGGAGGAGCUUCAGUAGUCUACAGUGAUACCAUCUGUGACUUGGGUGGAGUGGAUGAGCUUGCCAACUAUGGCGAGUACUCUGGUGCACCCAGUGAGCAGCAGACCUAUGAUUACGCUAAAACAAUCCUGUCUCUUAUGACCCGUGAGAAGCACCCUGAAGGGAAAGUGCUGAUCAUAGGAGGAAGCAUUGCCAACUUUACGAAUGUAGCAGCCACGUUCAAGGGCAUUGUCAGAGCCAUCAAAGACUAUCAAGGUCCUCUGAUGGAGCAUGAAGUCGGCAUCUUUGUUCGUCGUGGUGGACCCAACUACCAGGAAGGCCUGAGGGUGAUGGGGGAAGUAGGAAAAACCACAGGCAUUCCUAUCUACGUGUUUGGUACAGAGACCCAUAUGACAGCUAUUGUUGGCAUGGCCCUAGGACACCGUCCAAUCCCAAACCAGCCUCCCGUGGACAUACAUACAGCCAACUUCCUCCUGAAUUCCAGCAGUAAUGUUGUGACUCCAGCUGCCACAAGGACGGCCUCCUUCUCAGAACAGAGAACGCCUAACAAUGCCCCUCCAGACAAAAAGUCUAAAGUGGGCCAUUCUGCAGAAAUGCAGACCUCGUCAGGCUGCUUCAGAGGCAAAGCCACCACUCUCUUCAGUAAGCACACCAAGUCCAUUGUGUGGGGAAUGCAGACGCGCGCUGUGCAAGGCAUGCUGGACUUUGACUAUGUAUGCUCCCGGGAUGAACCCUCAGUGGCAGCUAUGGUCUACCCCUUUACCGGGGAUCACAAGCAGAAGUUCUACUGGGGCCACAAGGAGAUCCUGAUACCUGUCUAUAAGAGCAUGGCUGAUGCCACAAAGAAGCAUCCUGAGGUGGACGUGCUGAUCAGCUUUGCCUCACUGCGAUCAGCGUUUGACAGCACGGUGGAGGUCAUGCAGUACCCACAGAUCCACACUAUUGCCAUCAUAGCUGAAGGUAUCCCUGAAGCCCUGACGAGAAAGAUAAUAAAGAUUGCAGAUGAGAAAAGUGUCACAAUCAUUGGCCCCGCCACGGUUGGUGGUAUUAAGCCGGGCUGUUUUAAAAUUGGCAACACAGGCGGCAUGCUGGACAACAUCCUGGCUUCCAAACUCUACCGUCCUGGCAGCGUUGCAUAUGUCUCCCGUUCUGGAGGCAUGUCAAACGAGCUGAACAACAUCAUCUCGCGUACCACUGAUGGUGUAUAUGAGGGUGUGGCCAUUGGAGGAGACAGAUAUCCAGGCUCCACCUUUAUGGACCAUGUCCUACGUUACCAGGACACACCAGGAGUGAAGAUGAUAGUGGUGCUGGGAGAGAUUGGAGGCACUGAUGAGUAUAAGAUCUGUCAAGGCAUCAAAGAAGGCAGGCUAACCAAGCCUAUAGUGUGCUGGUGCAUCGGAACUUGUGCCACCAUGUUUGCGUCUGAGGUUCAGUUUGGACAUGCUGGUGCUUGUGCCAACCAAGCAUCAGAAACAGCAUUGGCCAAGAACCAGGCUCUGAGGGAUGCAGGGGCUUACGUACCCAAGAGCUUUGAUGAGCUAGGCGAUGUCAUCAGGACAGUUUACGAUGACCUGGUGGCCAGUGGUACCAUCAUUCCAGCCCAGGAGGUUCCUCCACCAACAGUACCUAUGGAUUAUUCUUGGGCCAGGGAGUUGGGCCUGAUCCGUAAGCCCGCCUCCUUCAUGACGAGCAUAUGUGAUGAACGAGGCCAAGAGCUAAUCUAUGCCGGAAUGCCAAUCACUGAAGUCUUCAAGGAGGAGAUGGGUUUGGGAGGAGUGCUGGGUUUGCUCUGGUUCCAGCGCAGGCUACCACGCUACGCCUGUCAGUUCAUUGAGAUGUGUCUGAUGGUGACGGCUGACCAUGGUCCAGCUGUGUCCGGUGCACACAACACCAUCGUCUGUGCUCGUGCAGGGAAGGACCUGAUCUCCAGCCUCACCUCUGGUCUACUCACCAUCGGUGACCGUUUUGGAGGUGCUCUGGACGCAGCAGCAAAGCAGUUCAGUAAAGCGUUUGACAGCGGCAUGCUGCCCAUGGAGUUUGUCAACAAGAUGAAGAAAGACGGCAAGCUGAUCAUGGGCAUCGGCCACAGGGUCAAAUCGAUCAACAACCCAGACAUGCGGGUGCAGAUCCUGAAGGACUUUGUCAAGCAGCACUUCCCGUCCACCCACCUUCUGGACUACGCUCUGGAAGUAGAGAAGAUCACAACCUCCAAGAAACCCAAUCUGAUCCUCAAUGUUGACGGUUUUAUUGGUGUUUCUUUCGUGGACCUACUCAGGACUUGUGGCGGCUUCACUCGUGACGAGGCAGACGAGUUUGUGGAGAUCGGUGCUCUAAACGGGAUCUUUGUACUAGGCCGGAGUAUGGGCUUUAUUGGCCAUUACCUUGACCAGAAGCGACUGAAACAGGGUUUGUACCGCCACCCCUGGGAUGACAUCUCCUAUGUGCUUCCUGAACACAUGUCCAUGUAAUCACAUGUGGGGCGUACAUCCACACGUGAUUGGUUAAAUGUGUCAGACAAAAAAAAAACAAAACACUCCACUACAACUGCUGCCUUUGAGCAGACUGGUUUUGGAAGAACUCUUACACUCUGGGUAUAUGUUUUUGGACUGGUUUUUAAUAUGAAGGGGGGGGGAAGAAAGAGGGAAGUGUAUUUUUUGGUGUUUGUGUUCUUUUUCUUUUGACAUUAUUUAAAAAGCUUAAUGUAUAAUUUAUUUCUUUUUUUGUUUAACAAGGACCAUGCACAAUGCAGUUGUGCACAGUUACUGGUACUUGUGGAGUAGGGGGAGAAGCAAAGAAAUUAACUUUUCUGUUCCUUGUAUUCGGGCAGGAUUCAGUAACUAGUCCUACAUUACGGAGUCAAGUUGGCAGUGAGUAGUUAAUGGAAAUCAUUGCUAUACUUCAACCUCAGAAAUCAUAGUAUUUAUUUUAAUCCACUUUUGCUUGCUUUACACUGAGAGGUGGUGAUUAGUACUAGCUAGCUCACACUAGCAGACCCAGAGUAUUAGAUUUUAAAUAACUUCGUCUCACAUCAUUGGAUAAAGAUUCUUUAUUACAAGACAAACCAAAGUGACUUUUAGAUACAUUGUCUUUAUUAAACCAAGUACAAAGUUUUUGCUUUUUUUGUUACGGUCAUCAUAAACAGAUAUUGCACUAUAGGGUAAAUAAAUUCAGUGGACAGUGUUACUCCACUAUUUCUUGGCAUUUGUGUGUGAGUGAUGGAAUAUAAGCAGUUUAUGUUGAAGUCUCACUGUGAGCAUGAAUUGUAGUUACUGUAUUACCAUUCUGGAAAUGUAGCAGAAGUGUCAAAAUACUUGAUUGUGUUAUGUGUCAAGAGCUUCUUUGGGGGGUGGGACCAUGAAGGCUGUGUAUUUGGGAAACUUGUCUGUUAGUUAAAACGUUUAACUUGCUGAGGAUGACACAUGGAAGGCUUUGUAUCUGCCACCGCAUUUGAUCUGUGUUCUGCCAUAUUUUAUUUAACUGUGAAAUAAAUGCUUUGUUUUAUAACAUGUUGACAUGUAGGAGUAUAAUAAAGUAUUGCUUUACUUUUCAUUUU